GUAACAUAUGCGCGCGUCCUGGUUCCAUCGGCCCGUCGAGGCGACGCGUUCAGCAGGACACGCGCAGCUGCGCGCCAUCGAUGUGCACCUCUGCGCGCGCGCCGCUGUGAGCGCGCGCCCGCGGAUCCUGCCCUCCCCUCGCGAGCUCGGCUCCGACCGUGGAGAGCAUCAGAAGUUGGCUUCAUCGUCCUCCUCGCCUCCAGUGACGGGAUGCUGAGCUGCGACCGCCGCAACUUUUGACUUGGACCGCUCGAGCGUCGUUCUGCGGAUGCGCCAUGGAGAGCCGUCACGUGCAGGGCGCGCUUGUGCUGUGCGUCUUCACGCAGCUGUGGCUCCAGCUCGGAGGGCAGGUGCCGGACUGCCAGCAGGUCCGGGCCGCCUUCCAGAGCCUGCACCCGGGCUCCAAGUGGCUCCCGGAAACACCGCUGCCAGGCACAGAUCUGCAGGUCUGCCAAACCAAAGGCCCCACUUGCUGCUCCAAGAAAAUGGAGGAGCGCUACCAGGUGGCGGCGCGCGGCAACAUGGAGGCGGCUCUGCAGGCGGUCAGCGCGCAGCUCAAGCGCCUCAUCAUCCAGAACGCCGCCAUAUUUCAAGAGGCCUUCGACCUGGUGCUGCGUCACGGUCGAAACUCCACGCUGGCCAUGCUGAAGUCCGAGUUCCCGGCUCUCGGGGGGGCGGCCCAGUCUCUGGUGGGGCAGCUCUUCCUGGACAUGUCGCUCUACAUCCUGGGCUCCGACUCCACCGUGGACCAGAUGGUGACGCUGCUCUACAGCCGGCUCUUCCCGCUGACGUAUCGCCGCCUGCUGGCUGGGAGUGGAGCGCCUCUCUCCGAAGAGUGCGUGAAGGAAGUCUGGAAGGAGGCCGCGGCGUUCGGCCCCUACCCCAAACUGAUGAUGACCCGUCUGGCCCGGUCUCUCCUGGCCACUCGGGUCUUCCUGCAGGCGCUGAACCUGGGCAUCGAGGUGGUCAACACCACGGACCACCUGCGGCCCAGCCGAGACUGUGGCCGCGCGCUGCUGCGGCUGUGGUACUGCCCGCACUGCCAGGGCCUGCUGGGCCCGCCGCUCUGCCCGGGCCUCUGCCAGGCGCUGAUGCAGGGAUGCCUCGGGGGGGCCGCAGAGGUGCAGCCUCACUGGAGCACCUACGUCCAGGGCUUGGCAAAGCUGGCCGGAGGCAUGCGAGGGGAGCAGGACAUGGAGGCCGUGGUGCUGAGGCUGCCCUCCAUCCUCAGGCUGGCCAUCAAGCAGGCUGUGACUUCAAGGAGCCGACUCAGCGCCCUGGUGAGUGGGAAGUGUGGACAGGCUCCUCAGAGGCCGGCGCGCUCUGUCGCAUCACCUCCUCUGCCGCCUCCAGCGGUGGCCGCCGUCCGGAACACACAGCCGCUGCACGACAGCGACGAGACGCUGGCCGGCCUCCGCAGGGACUUCAUAUCCAACCUGAGGCUCUUCAGCUCCUUCUACAGCGGCCUGGGGGAGGCGCUGUGCAGCCGGGAAGCCGCUCCAGGAAACCACUCCCUCUGCUGGAACGGUCAGGAGAUGACACACAGGUUUGUGGGCCCCAGUCCGAAGAGACCGUCCUCUGGAUCAGACUCCCGAAGCCACAGAGCUCCGGAGCCCGUCAUCAGCCAGAUCAUCGACAAACUCAAGCACAUCAACCAGCUGCUGCGGAUGGUGACGGUGUCUGAGAAGCGCUGGAGAGCCCGGUCCCGAGGAGCGGAGGGAUGGAGCGACGACGGAGAGGAGGGCUUCCAGAGCGGCGACUGCGACGACGAGGACGAGUGCAGCGGCGUGUCCGGCCUGGGGCCGCCGCCGCCGCCGCCACGCAAGCGGCUACGCAUCUUUGCAGAUCUGGCCGACAACCUGGCGAUGGACGACUUCACCUUCCAGGAGCAGCUGCUGACACCACAGUUGGCCACGGCAGGCGCCGGAGGCGUGCCCUCGCCGGCCGAGCCCCUGUGGAAGAGCUACCUGGGCCUGUCCGUCUCUGUGACGCUCACUUUUGUCCAGCAUUGUCACCAGUGAGGGCCACCUUCUCCUCCUCUGUGGAGACUUUCCAAAAAAAAAAAGUCUGUUCCACUCUAAGGAGCCGCCACAGUCACGUCGGUCCUUGUCAGAGGUGUCUUGUUUUGUUUGUCUGAGCAGUUCCACGUCUGACUGAAAUAGUUUUAGGAUUUUGUGUUUGUUGACACGUGAACUGAAGCAGCUUUAAUGACAUGGCACGAGACGUCAACACCUCCUUGUAUCAUUCACCUGUGUUCCAGUGCUGUUUUGAUACUUUCAUGUUGUGACAUCUGAAAUCACUUCUGAUCAGUGGGAUUUCUGGAGGUGACUCCAUUCAUCUCUCCGUCAAGCAUUUAGUUUCAGUGUAUGAAUCACUGAAGCCCAUGUGACCUGGUUCUGCACUGUGCUCUGACAGAAAACUGACUUUUGGACUGACUGGUUGAAACAUUUUCAGGAAGGUGAAAAUACUUGAACAGUGUUCAUCAAUUUCUGACACAACAAACAAUGAGUUAUUAAUGCUUUUUGAAUGUAGCCAUUAGUGUGACAAUGCUAACUUGCUAAAUGCGAUGCUAGCUGUUGUUUUCUUAGAGAUUUAGCUUCACAUGCUACAUGCGCUGGUGAGUGAACGUGCAAAAGCUGGACGGGAGCUCCAAACAAAAGUCAAACUUUCUCAGAUGAGUGUGACUGAGGACACGCUCCCCCACCCCUUUGUUAUUCCUUGAGAUGACCUCCAUCUUCACUUCUGGUCCUCUCAUCUGGACCUUUUGUGUCAGUGGUGAGGAGCUCUGCGGACUAAACCCUCUCCUGCUGUCACACUGGCUCCUGAAAACAGGCUUUUCUUCCCACUUCCCUUCCUUCAUUGUGAGUUCUUCUGCUGGGCUCACCGAGCUCUGACCUGUACAGUUGUGUGUCUCUCUGUGUUGAUGUUUACAAAAGUCUUUAUUUGCAGUCCUGGCGAAAUCGUCGCUCGUAGAGGGACUUUUAGGGCGGGGCUGAAACAAUGCUGCAACUUUCGAGCUUGUUCUUUUGCACUGACUCGACCUGUAAAUGAUUGUCGUCGACUUCGUCUUCAGUGUCCUUCAUUGUUGCCUAUUAAAGCAGGACCUUUCUCACCGCUGCCUUCGCUCGGACCUCUCUCUGGCCGCUGUCAAUGACAACAAUGCAGCCGACAUAGCUCAGCUGGGAAAGCGUUAGACUGAAGAUCUAAGGGUCCCAGGUUUGGCCAAGUUCAUGUGGUGCUUUUCACUUAAACACUCCUGUGUUCACAUCAUGUGGUCAAGAGAUGCAAGGAAUCAGCUGCCAUCUAACACCAUGGUGAGGGCUACUAUAGAUGGACCUUCUGGCGCGAGUUUAAUCAUAAAACCUUUUUUAAAUGUAGCCGUAGAAACUACACCUUUUUUUGAAAUUUUCGAAAACGUUUUGAAAAAGUUGUAUGUCAUCCUGUAACACAAGGUCUUCCGUUCUAUAUGAGAUUUAUGACCAUAUACUGUAUAUAUUGACAAUCAAACUUCACCCAGAGAGAGGGGCUGCUUUGAGUCUGUUUGUUGUUCAGUGUUUUGCUUUUCUCCCUUAAAACUCUUAUCACCUCGUCUGUCUGUUUGCUGAAAUAAGUCAACAACAGAUUCCAACUCUUCAGGAGAGAUGGUUGUCUUCUUAAGGCAGGAAUCUUUUGAGCACUGUGUGAUGAGGAGAACCUCCGUCCUUGGGCCUUCAGCUGCACCUUGGAACUCACUGGAUGGAUGGGUGGAUGGAUG